CGCGAUAGAUCAGCAGCGCCAUGAACGGGAUGAGGAAGCGGCAGAAAGGCCCGGUUGCGGCCUCAGCAGCUGCCUCCAGCGCUCCUGCCUCGGCCAAUCAGCUGCCCCGUUUGUUCGACCUGCCCCAGUGCGUCGAGCGAGUCGUCUUGUUCCCUCUUUGUGGCGCUGACGGCCUCGCUCUCUUUCGGCACACAUGCCCCCUCGGCGGCCAGCGUGUGUCGGAGGACUACAUCAAAUCGCAAAUCGACCGCCUGAUGGUCACCAAGGCCAUCAACAACAUCGUCAGCUAUCGGGUGCCGCGGCGGGUGCGGAGGGACCAGCUGCGGCCGAUGGACUUCCUGCUGCGGCUGCUGGUACACACAUGGACGCACUCCGACUCUCAUUCCAUCUCUUGCGUCUAUCGCUCCUUGGCGUCUGUGUGUGUCGGCAGUAUAUCAUCGAGAGGAGCGGCGAGUGGGCAGCGAUGGUGCCAAUAGUGAGGGUGGCGAAGCAUCUGGGGCGGGUGGAGCGGCUGCCGAUAGAGCUUAGCAGUGCUGAUGUGGAGGCGGUGGGCAGCCGGGCGGUGUUUGAGGGGCGGUGUGAGGCGAUGCGGCAGCUGUCACUCAUCCAGCGCCAUCUCAUUAUGAGGCUCGAGCGCGAUGACAACGGUGAGGAGCGGCUGGAUGGAGAUCGGCUCACCGUCCGCACCCUGCAGACGCUGCCGGCCAACAGCCCCUUCCGCGAUAGAUUCGACCCGAACGACCCCGUGUGUCAGUAUGACGGUAAGGGCGGGAGGGAUAGAUGUGGAGAGACCUAUGGGUGCCUGUGUGUAUAUGUGUGUUUGUAGAUGCCGACUAUGCUUCAGUUCGCGACGCUGUGUUGUAUGAGUGAGGAAAAUGAGUAGAAUGACACAAACGAACUCACAUAAACAGAUUGGCUGCGCCGCUGUGCCAUGGUGUGUCUGACCAGGAUGCGCUCGGGAGCGUCGCAGGUCGCGUUCCAGUAUGUCCAGCGGCCCAACAAUGCCACACGGUUCAGCCGACUCGUCAGUCACACACCCACACACACACACGAUUGCCUCACCAGCUGUCCCACUCACUGAUUUUUACCUCCCGUUCUCUUCAGCGGUACCUCGCCACUCAGCAGCCGCCCGUGUGAGACUGCCGCACCAUCAGCACACGCCACUGGAGGGUGGGAGGAGGAAUCCGCGAGCGCGUGAUAGUGUUGCGUGGAGACCAGCAGGGUGACACAUUCGAGGCCCACAUCACCAUCGACAGCUACCCCACCAUUGCCCGCACCCGGCUCUGGACGACGGAGCCUCCGGUGUCGGGCAGGAUGGGAGCCGCCAGGUUCCCCGAGACAGUGAGGGUGGCGAGGCAGGUCAUGGGGGACGACGCAGAGGUGGCGUUCGGCAACCCGCUAGCCGUAGCCGUACACUAAUUCAUUGAGCUCUCAACUCUCUCGUGUACAGAGAGGCUUCAGGUCUGCCUGUCUGUCUGUCUGGCCAUCGCCACAGUAGCAGAUGGCAGGCAGGCAGGCAGGUGUGUUCGAGAGACAGACAGAUAAGUUGACGGAUGCAUUGUGUGUGGUGUGGCUGCCUGCACGGGGUGGGGAGGGGUACUUAGUUGAAUGGAUUGACAGACUGCCUUCCUGCCUGUGUGCCUGUGUGUGUGUGUGUGUGAGGCGGG